AUUUCACAUAAUACGUGUUUGAAAAUUGUCUGCAACUUCAAUGUCUAAUCGAUCAAGUAAAACAUUAUACUGAUUAUCUCAUUUCAAUGUAAAGCUGUGGGUUAUCAGUUCGUUUUUGUUGUUGUGUCAAUUUCCAUGGACGGUCUUAAGCUCGGUUGUUUGAGGUUCUCAUAUCUUCCUUCGAGGGAUAUACCGUUUUAUCGUCGAAGUAGGAGUUCCUUCUAUAUACCUUCGCAGGUUUAUUGUCAUUCUAAAAGCACAGAAGAACAAAACGAAGAAAGUAAGAAGAAAAAUGGACUCAAUUUGCUCCAAUACAGUGUUACUCUCACAGUUAUAUCUUCCUCGCUCCCUCAAGCUCAUGCCGCAACUAAGGUUUCGGAGAAAAAACGUUCGGCCAAAAAGAUGGAAGCCUUAUCGCCGGAAGAAUUGAAAUCGUGGUCUCAGGGACUCCCCAUUGUUACUGAUCGGAUUCCAUACACCGAAAUAUUGAAUUUGAAGGAAGAAGGGAAGCUUAAACACAUAGUCAAGCUAUCUACAUCCAGUUUGAAGCAGCGGCCGGAUACUGUUCUUGUGGUACUGGAUGAUUCGAGGGUUGUGAGAACUGUACUACCGUCGGUCCAAAGUGACGGAAGAUUUUGGGAAUCUUGGGAUAAGUUACAGAUGGAUUCAGUUUGCGUGAAUGCUUAUACUCCGCCCAUAAAAAAACCAGAAAUUCCAUCACCGUAUUUAGGUUUUCUGUCAAAAAUUCCACUCUCAAUUUUCUCGCGUUUGAAGCCAAAGCCACAAUCAAAACGGGCAUUGGAGUUCCAGACGUUUCGUAAAGAGAUGCAGAAGAGAAAGACCGAAGAAUUAGCCAGAUUGAGGGAAGAACGUGAAAUGAUGGAGAAAACGAUCAAAGCUCAGAAGAAGAUAGAAAAGAAGAAUAGGAGGAAAGAACUGAAAAAGAUCAAGUACGAAGAAUCUUUGCUUAGGGCAAGGAAGGAUUAUCAGUAUAUGGCAUCGGUGUGGGCUGGCUUAGCUCGGGAUCAAAAUGUAUCAACUGCCCUUGGGGUGUUGUUCUUCUAUAUAUUUUAUCGGACAGUUGUUCUUAACUAUAGGAAGCAACAGAAGGAUUAUGAAGAUAGGAUGAAGAUUGAGAAAGCAGAAGCAGAAGAGAGGAAGAAAAUGAAGCAGCUAGAGAAAGAACUCCAAGGGGAUGAGGUAGAAGGUGAUGAGAAUGAAGAAGGAACAGAUGAGAAGGACCUUUAUCUUAAAAUGGCUAAGCAGUUCAUGAGGUCUGGUGCUCGUGUUCGUAGAGCACGUAAUAAAAGGCUGCCUCAGUAUCUGGACAGAGGUGCUGAUGUGAAAUUCUCAGAUGUUGCAGGGCUUGGGAAAAUACGGCUUGAGCUUGAGGAGAUUGUGAAGUUUUUUACACACGGGGAAAUGUACCGCAGAAGAGGAGUGAGAAUACCAGGUGGCAUACUUCUUUGUGGUCCACCUGGAGUGGGGAAGACAUUAUUGGCAAAAGCUGUAGCUGGUGAGGCAGGUGUGAACUUCUUCUCAAUUUCUGCUUCUCAGUUUGUGGAAAUAUAUGUUGGCGUGGGAGCUUCUCGUGUCCGAUCACUUUACCAAGAAGCAAGGGAGAAUGCACCCGCUGUGGUUUUUAUUGAUGAGCUAGAUGCUGUUGGAAGGGAGCGUGGUCUUAUUAAAGGCUCUGGGGGGCAAGAACGUGAUGCUACUCUCAACCAGCUCCUUGUAUGCUUGGAUGGGUUUGAAGGAAGAGGGGAUGUGAUAACUAUUGCUGCCACAAAUAGACCAGAUAUUCUGGAUGCAGCACUUGUGAGACCUGGACGGUUUGAUCGAAAAAUUUAUAUCCCUAAACCUGGCCUUAUUGGCCGAAUUGAGAUUCUGCAGGUCCAUGCUCGUAAGAAGCCAAUGGCCGAGGAUGUGGAUUAUAUGGCUGUAGCUAGUAUCACAGAAGGAAUGGUUGGUGCAGAGCUAGCCAACAUAGUUGAGAUUGCUGCCAUUAAUAUGAUGCGUGAUGGAAGGUCUGAGAUUACAACUGAUGACUUAUUACAAGCUGCUCAAAUAGAAGAAAGAGGAUUGCUUGAUAGAAAGGAGAGAAGCCCAGAGAUGUGGAAGCAACUAGCUCUUAAUGAAGUAGCUAUGGCCGUAGUAGCUGUGAACUUUCCCGAUCUUAAGAAUAUUGAGUUUGUCACAAUUGCACCUAGAGCUGGCAGAGAACUUGGCUAUGUUCGAGUUAAAAUGGACCACAUGAAAUUUAAGGAAGGAAUGCUUAGCCGGCAAUCGCUUUUGGAUCAUAUUACUGUUCAACUGGCACCACGUGCUGCAGAUGAGAUCUAUUAUGGUGAGGAUCAGUUGAGCACGAUUUGGUCAGAAACAGCAGACAAUGCUAGGUCGGCUGCACGGACUUUAGUUCUCGGUGGCCUUUCUGAGAAACAUUAUGGGUUAUCUGACUUUUGGGUUGCAGAUCGACUUAAUGAGAUUGAUUUGGAGGCCUUGCGCAUUCUUAACAUGUGUUAUGAACGUGCGAAAGAGAUCCUAAUGCGAAAUCGAAAGCUCAUGGAUGCUGUGGUCGAUGAACUCAUUCAGAAGAAAAAUCUUAGCAAGCAGGAUUUCUUUCGCUUAGUUGAGGUGCAUGGCUCCCUUGAACCUGUUUCACCUAAUAUAAUUGACAUCAGGAUCACAAAGCGCAUGCAGUUCCAAGAAAUGAUGAUGAACAAGAAGGGAGCAGAUGAAGGGAGCAGUGCGUAAGGUUCAGUGGCGUCUGUUGUUUUAUUAUUGAGAUCUUGAUUCAGUACAAGUAUCUCUUUCAGGUUUCCCUCAGAGGCUCUGUUGGUGCAAACUCUUGAUAAAGCUAAAAAGACAGAAAAGGGUCAACAAUACGACUUUCAGGUGUACCUUGAUGAUGGCUAAGGAACCUCUGAGGCAUCUUAACUUGAAGAUUCGGGCCUUGCCCCAGAAACAAUGAAAAUAUCAAUGAUGCCAAAGUGGUUUGAGUUCCAUACCUGCUUUGUGGUAUUUGAAACAGACAUUUUAUUUUAUUUUAUUUUUUGUAAUCUGUUAGGAGUCGAUAUCUAUGAAAUGUCUUGAAUCUAGCAGCAGAUCACAGCUUAGUGAAACAGACCCUUUAGCAUCCAUGAUUGUUAUGUGAUUGCUGCUUCCCAUUUUGAAAAGAAUAAAGUGGAUGGGUCUGUUUUUAAGAGCAGUUA